AUGUCUACUCGCCAAACCAAUUACUUCUUGGCGCCGGUUGGUAACCCUCCAGAAGGUCCAAUCCGUUUGGGGAAUAUUAUCUCAAACCCAGCAUUUGCAGACGAUGCUAUCAAUGAGGAGUACUACCCACCAACGACGGAGCUGAUCGAACACAACCAACCAAACUUUACCUUUGACAUGAGUGUCAAGAAAGACAGGUCCUUUGGUGUUUGGGCAUCGUUCUUACAAACCCUGGGAAUUGGAGGGGACGCCACCGUCGACUGGUCAAAAGAGAGCAGUGAGCAAUGGGCUUGCGAAAACUUAAAGACGGUUUCAUUUAGUCCCAAACUCUCCUACAUCUCUGAGUGCUUGGAGGACGAAGGGCUGCAGCAUUAUAUGCGUGUCAACAAGCCCUGGCUCGGUUCCUCCAAGCUGUACAUGAUCACAGGGAUUAAAAUCGCUUAUGGUGCAGCUUCAACCAUUGAGUAUGCAAGACAGCGAGGGCUGAACCUCAAGUUCGGAACAGACUUUAGCUCACUGGGCGUACCCAUAAGUCUUGGGCCUGAAGUUGGAAGUAGCGACACGUUAUCGACUAAGGAGUCGCAGAGCGGAGCGGAGCCUUUUGUUUUCGCCUUUCGUUUGAGAAAGAUCAAGAUCUCACGGAAAGGAGAAGUUAAACAUGAGAGAUAUAUCAAGGGAACUCUUCUGGGGGGCAAAAGGGAUGGGGAGAAGCAAGAUGUCGAUGCUGAUGCCGAUGCCGAGGUUGUGGUUGAAGGUGUUGAAGACUUUGAUGCGGAUGGAGAGGAGUUUGGACUGAGCACAUUUGACGAUGACUCGGCGGACGAUGCAUGA